AUGUCGACGUACGAAAUUGCCAGCGGAAGUGAUAUUUGUAUCGAUGUAGAUAAAUCGGAUAACGCCAAAUUCAUGCAAAUAUUGAAGACAAUCGCCAUAGAUGAAAAUCAAGAAAGAGAGAAAUCCGACGAUAUACAAUUUCAUUUGCCAGAAUCUCCCAAUAUCGAAUUAUCUCUCACCAUUCACAGUCAAAGCUACGAUUACGAUAUGCAAAUGACGCCGAGCGUCGCCACGACUGCAGAGGACGCCGAACAUCUCGUACCACUCCAAAAUCGCCACCACCCCGAUUUGUUGAUAACGAACAGCGAUAUCAUUUCCGAAACGAUCGAAACCAAUCCCCAACAAGCUCUAAUACCAGCGCCGGUUCAAUUACAAGUCACGGGGAAAUUACAAAUGCCGGCGCUACCUGCAAUAAUGUCCGCCCAACCGGAGAUUCCCGACGUGGAGCGAUUGAAAAUCGACGAACCACCGGCCCCCCAACCGCCCUCACCAGCCGCCCAAGAACCCGCCCAAGAAGCCCCGGAAACCCUAGAUGGCGCCGACCUGGAGGCGUUCGACAGCAAUUUCAGGAAUUUCGCGAAAUUCGGCGAUCCCAAAUCGGACGGUAAAUUGAUCACGCUAUCGAACAGCGACAAAUGGAUGAAACAGGCGAAAAUCAUCGACGGGAAGAAGAUUACAACUACCGAUACCGGCAUCUAUUUCAAGAAAUUGAAAUCGCAGAAAGUGAGCGUGAAGCAAUACAAGUCCUUCAUCGAGGAUUUGGCUAAAGCCAAGAAGGUCGAGGCCAAUCAAAUCGUCAAGAAACUGUCCGCUUGCGGCGCGCCCGGUUUACACGGAAUUGCAAAUGCAAAAGCCACCGAAACGGUGAACCGGCUAACCGAUACAUCGAAGUACACGGGAACGCACAAGCAAAGGUUCGAUCAGACGGGAAAAGGUAAAGGGAUAGCAGGAAGGAAGGACCUGCCCGAUAAUUCGGGCUAUGUAACGGGUUAUCAGCAUAAGGAUACACACGAGGCGAAAUAG